AUGAACAAGUAUGCGAGGCAAAUGAUGUUUGGAGCUCAACACUCUUCCUCAUUAAGAUCGUCAACUUCCAUUCCAAAAUUCUUUCUGUCACUUGAUGAUAUUUGCUUGGGCGAAGAAACUGCUGUGGAAGCAUCACAUGAAGUCAAUGAAGAACUCAAUGGUGACAAUGCACAUAACCUCAACGAAGAUGACAUUGUUCCAAAAGUCCAUAUGUGUUUUGAGAUGUUGGAGGCUGUGAAAGUUUUUUACAGAAAUUAUGCUAUCAACAUUGGCUUUGGUGUUAGGAUCAGAAGUUCUCUACGCGGAGCAGACAAUGAAAUCAACUACAUAAAGUUAGUAUGUUCUCGUGAAGGAAAUUAUGUGUCAGUCAUUCCCCCAGAAUUGAAGACCGUGCCAAGCGAAAAAAAGCAAUGCAAAGCAAGUAUAACUGUUGGGAAGAAGGAAGGGAAAUGGUACAUAAGAAGUGUUGUCACUGAACAUAGUCAUGACACUAGUCCAAAGAAGUUAAGGCUAAUACGUGGCAACUGUAAAGUAAAUAUGCAUGCCAGGCAAACAUCUGACAUUAACGACGAAGCCAGUGUUAGGAUCAACAAAAGUUUUCAAUCGCUAGUUUGUGAAGCCGGUGGAUAUGAUAACAUAAGUUUCAUUGAGCGGGAUGUUCGCAACUACAUUGGUAAACAAAGAAGGUCAUUGUGCAAGGAUGGGGAUGGACAAGCGUUGCUUCGACACUUCCCACAAAUGAGAGAAUUGAACAGCGACUUUUUUUUCGAUAUAGACAUGGACAAAAACAACAGAAUAUGCAAUGUUUUUUGGGCCGAUGCAAGAAGUCGAGCAGCAUGUCAAGAUUUUGGUGAUGUGGUGUCAUUUGACACGACCUACUUAACCAACAAAUACGACAUGCCAUUUGCGCCUUUUGUGGGAGUAAAUCACCAUGGGCAGUCUAUUUUGUUAGGUUGCGUUCUUGUAUCUACUGAGGACACAAUUACGUUUGUCUGGCUUUUUCAGUGUUGGCGUCGAUGCGUGUCCAACGUCGAACUUGAUGAUAUCGUUACUGAAAGGAAAUGA